UCCACUCAUAACGAGCUCUGACUCUGUACGGUAAAGAAGGAAAAUUCAUUGCCUUGCGAAAGCUCACGGCAUUAUCACAGUUGGUGUAGUGAAGGGUGGUGAAAACAGUCGUUCUGUUCCACUAGCAAGCGUAGUGCUGUGCUGGUGAAAUUUGGAAGUUUACACUAGUUUAACAAAUCACAGUUGGAGUUCAAAUUCGGGAUCCAGAAGAAACAGUAACCCAUCGAAGUCCAACCCUCAGAAAGCUCCGCAAAAGCUCUGAACGGUGGCAUCAAUCGAAAGAUCACAUUUUAUCCCUGAUUCGCAACGCAGCGCACAACAAAUAACAAAAUGGCUCAGCAGAAAGUACAUAUCGAAAGGGCGCAAAAUUUUAUGCGUCAGUAUCGGGAUCCGGAAUCGCGGGAACUGAAGAAGCUGUCUGCCAACCAGUUUAUGGACGUUUGGAGUCAUUAUGAUCGGGAUGGAAAUGGAUACAUCGAAGGCACCGAACUUGAUGGGUUCCUCAAAGAGUUUGUCUCCAGUGCGAAUGCGACUGAUUUGGGACCGGAGUCACUCACAGACGAAAUGCUGGUCGAGCUGAAGGCUUGCUUCAUGGAGGCGUACGAUGAUAAUCAGGACGGAAAAAUCGACAUCCGAGAGCUCGCCCAGCUGCUGCCGAUGGAAGAGAACUUUUUGCUACUGUUCCGAUUCGAUAACCCGCUGGAGUCGAGUGUGGAAUUUAUGAAGAUCUGGCGGGAGUACGAUUCGGACAACAGCGGCUACAUCGAGGCAGACGAAUUGAAGAAUUUCCUUCGCGAUCUCCUGAAAGAAGCCAAGAAAAUUAACGACGUGUCGGAAGAUAAAUUAAUUGAAUACACGGACACUAUGCUUCGCGUCUUUGAUGCCAACAAGGACGGUCGACUGCAGUUAUCGGAGAUGGCUAAAUUGCUUCCAGUGAAGGAAAACUUUCUCUGCCGACAGGUGUUUAAGGAAGGCAGAAUAGACGAAGAUGGUGCAGCCAAACUAACGAAGGAGGACAUCGAAAAAGUGUUUUCGCUAUAUGAUAGGGAUAACAACGGAGCAAUAGAAAACGAAGAACUUCGAGGUUUUCUCAAAGAUCUACUAGAGCUUGUGAAGAAGGACUAUGAUGCGCAGGACUUGAACGAAUUCGAAGAAACAAUUCUUCGAGGUGUUGGUUACGACAAGGAUGGAAAAAUCUCGCGCAAGGAACUGACGAUGAUUUUGCUGGCUUUGGCCAAGCAACCCCCAGAGGAGGAUCAGUAAUAUGGGGGUGAUACUUCUCUCGAUUCGCAUCAGCAGUCAGCGUCGUCGCAUCGUCGAACAUCCCGUUCCGGAUCAUUGUCAUUCGCCGCGGCCUUGCAUCCCAUUGCCAAGCUGCGAAUGAUGAUAGGUUUGGGUGGUUGUGACGCUGACGCUGAUCCUAGCCAUCAACAACAUCAUCAACCCAAAACACCACCACCACUAGUAGCAAACACUAGCUCGGAGCACCCUUCAGAGCGGCUUCUGCCAAUAGUUGUUGUACACGAUCGAGUUAGAGACUUUUACCGAAGGCUCACGCGACGAGAUAAAAAACCUUAGGACUCGAUGGGGCAACACUUUUUAAACACCAAUUUCAGUGAUGAAUGGCAAGAAAUCUGUUUUGCGGGGCUUCCGGACUAACUUUGAACAAGCUAACCGUUAUGGACAGAUUUUUAAUAAUUAACAUAAUUGAAAAAAUUGGCGAACCGAUCGAGAAGUUUUGUUUAGACAAAUGAAAAAAAAGUAAAAUGAAACGAACUGACAACAUAUGUUACCUUAUCGAAUAAUAAAUCGUAAAACCAACUGACAACGUCAACAGAAUGCGAAGAAGAGUGAAGAAACACGUUUUCGGAUAUCGAUGCAUCCUAAAACGCGUACACGAAAGAAAUGCACAAUUUAUUCCGUCUUAAGAAUAUUGUCUUUAUUUAGUUAACGGCGUAAGCCUUAACGCUUUGCCUUGGAUACAGGAGAAAAUGAAUGGUAUUAUUCUUGAAAUACGGAAAAGAGUUAAUCGAGAGCGAAUUAAUCGAGAAAUGAAUUCUUAUGUAAACAAAUCUAUUACUAAAAUUCCCUUUCUUAAUCUAAAACAUUUCUACAAAUACAGAAACUAUCACUGUUCUCUUGUUAUUUAAAAAAAACGAGCAGUUUCUUACUUCUGUGGUUUUAGAGACUAACCAGUCUCCGGCUGAAAGUCUCUUAAAUAAACUAACCACUUCAGACUUAGUGACCUGGAACCAUACGUCUCUAUUAGUGUCAGUACUGUGCUGACGCAUGGUAGUUUUUAUUUUGUGGAACCACCGCUGCGCUUGAACCUAAAUUUAUAACCAAGUAAACGGAAAUUGCAAGCGUAAUGGUUAAUUUAUCGUUUUUUUUUUUCACACGAACCGCAGAAGUAAGCAAACCUCUAUAUAUUCUACCCUAGAUAGGCUUUCUCAAUUUGAUAUGCAUUAGACUGUUUCAAAUUAUUCCACUUAUUGUAUGCAUAAAACAAACAAAAAACUAUAUGCUGAAUUAUGAACUCUCAGGCCCAGCUAAAGCUUAUAGAACACAAAAUAGAGCAAACAGAAUUCAACAAAACAAUACAAUUGGAUUACCGAUCUUAGUUGUUCAAAUUUCGGUAGCUAAUUUUUUUCAGUAAAAAUAACGUUUCAUCACAGCGGUACCUUAAGGCACUACUGACAACAAAUGAUUAUUUGUACUGACAUAUCAGUAAAAUGAAAAUGUUCGUUAGUUCAAAACUUGUCAAAAGAAGUAAAAAUUAUCGAACGAAAGGGUUUUAAACCGUAAUGGAACAAAUCACAACUAAAUAAACAGACACAAUCUGGAAAAUUUGAUGAUACCCUACGUGUAGGUUAGUGAAAAAGCUGACGAAGUUACUGUACUAACAUAUGAAUGUGGCCUAAAUGUUACUAACUGAAAAAUAUUUAUGUUCAAUCUGUAUUCACAUAAAAAUAGAAUUAUUUAUUGUGACUGGAAUUUUUCGUUCAACCAAAGGAAAAAUAAUCCGUGCCAAACGCGAAAAUCAACAAUACAUGUUCAAUCUAUCUCAAUAAUCCUUCACAACACCAACGUAUCCGUAGAAAAGUCGUUGAAUUUUAACUCGUUUAAAUACUUUCUCAAUCCCAACAAAACAAAACAAAGCUAUCUUUGUGUCAUACUUACUAUUGUCAAGAGAAAAAAAUAACGAAUUAAUGUAUUGUUACGUGUUUUAACUAUAACUAUUCGAAUUAAAUAAAUAGAUGACAGAAAUGUUUGGUACCAACCAAUGCAAUGGUGAGAAAGAAAAAAUGAUUUUAACUUCGAUUAACUUUUGUUUAUGUGCUCAAUCUACUGAACUUGGUUUUGGACUAUUUUGACGUUAGUUCCUUCGUUAAUAAUUGUUUCUCUAACUAGCCACUACUCGUGUGCUGAAAAUCGGAUAUUCAAAGAAAGAGAAGAGUGUUGCUUGCAAAGCAAAAUCAAUCCGGCCAAUUAGAUAAUGAGAGCAAAGCUUGCAAGAAGAUUAGAAGAACUUAAGAAAAAAAAGUAUAGCCUCCUUAACUAUCCACUAUCUAUUACCAUUAUAUAAUUGUUGAAUGAUAAAUAUUGACGAACAUAUUGUAAGAAUGCAAAGAAACAGAAACCAUAACUGUUAUUCUAAUCAGUUCAACUAUCAUUGGAAGUUGUUAAAAUUAUAUCACAGAGAAAGAUUUAUUUUCCUAUCUGCUAAAAUGACAGUGACUGUCUGCUACAUACCUCGGUACAGCUCUUACUGUUGUAGAUCCCUUUCCCAGAAGAAAAGAAACCAAAUAUAUUUAAUAAAGUAUGUUUUCGACUUUUAA